UGGAAAGCCACCACAGCUGCUUCAGACGAGUCCCUCAAGCACGUUCAAGUCCACAAUUGAUCACGAAACUUCAGGUUCUCUGGUUGUAGAUCCCUCUCUCUCCAAGCAGCCACCAUGCCCGCGCAGCUCAAAACGUCGGCCGUUUCCUCUAGCCUCGAAGCAGCCAAUGGACGUUUAUCAAGGAAGCGCAAGAACCACAACGUCAACGACGACAAGGAAAUCCGACGGACGUCAAAACGAAAGAUUUCAAACGGAACCUCACCCCGAGACAAACGACAGGACCUGACGAACCGUGCCAGCCGUUCAAUUGCAACUGUUUCCAACUCGACAACCGACGAUCUUCAAUAUCACCAGAGCCACGAAGACCAUGUUUUGCAACAGGCCCUCCAAGAUCUCGCCUCAAGUUCAAGUAUGAAAAGCCCCAAGACUCAAUUCAUAUUUGCACCCAGACCUGAUUGGCACCGGGCUGAAUUGCAGCCCAUGGUUGAACCUCAGUCGGAGCUUGUUCACCCCUUUAGCAACGCUAUUGGCAAUCUCCACUCGCAUGCGUGGAGUCUGCUUGAAGCCGACUCUGAAGUCUACAGGAAAAGUGUCCUCGUGUCGACUUCACACAAGUUUCUCUCCACUAUCAUGGCUUCCGGGACCGUGUCCGAUAAAGUGUCGGCCCUUACGCUAGCGAUACAAGAGUCCCCUGUCCAUAACUUUAAAGCAUUGGAAGCACUAAUGGGUCUGGCUUCGAAGAGAAAUCGUGGACAAGCCCUCGAAGCCCUUGGAGCCCUCGUUGAUUUGCUUGGCCCAGGGUUUAUCCUUCCACCAAACAGACGACUGCGGAAAUUCGAGUCGCAGCGUGGGUUACUCGGUGUUCUUCAGAAGCAUCGCAUUCACCAAUGGGCUGCUAGUGAAAACCUCCCAGUUGGCUUGUCCGAGGCCCACUUGGUUGUUUGGGCAUACGAGGACUGGAUGAAGUCCGCGUAUUUCAAGAUCGUCCAACUGCUUGAGGUCUGGUGCAACGAUGAAAUCGAACACUCUCGGAUGAAAUCCCUCGAUUUCGUCUACUGUUUGUUGAAGGAGAAGCCGGAACAAGAGACGAAUCUGCUGACACUGCUUGUCAGCAAGCUUGAGGACAAAGACCGAAAAAUAUCCUCCAAAGCAUCGUACCUCCUCCUACAAUUGCAGAACACACAUCCUGCGAUGAAGUUGAUUCUUGUCAAAACCAUCGAGCAACAGAUUUUGCUACGUCCCGGCCAAAACUCGCGAGCCAAGUAUAACGCCGUCAGCACCCUCAAUCAAACAAUACUGAGCAAUCGUGAUCCUAAGACUGCUGAGACACUGUUGGCAAUCUAUUUCGAGGUUUUCAUUGUGUUAUUGAAAAAGCCAAUGGUUGGGUUUGGUCUGCCUAGCGACUACCACAUGGAAAAGACCAACAAAGAGGCAGCUACCCGUACUAACGCUGAACAUGAGACUGCUGAGAAACUUGUGUCCGCUGUCCUGACGGGGAUUAACCGCGCCGUCCCUUUCGUGGCCGAUGAUAACCCUAUCCUCGACGCCCAUGUGGACACAUUAUUUCAGAUCGCCCAUUCGAGUAACUUCAACACAAGUGUCCAAGCACUGAUUCUUAUCCAACAGUUGUCUCUCCGAAGACAUGUUGCCUAUGACAGGUUCUACCGAACUCUGUAUGAAUCUCUUUUGGACCCGCGACUCAUGACAUCGUCGAAAAAAUCUCUCUACCUCAAUCUUGUACUUCGCUCCUUGAAAGCCGAUGUAGAUAGCCGUCGCGUCAAGGCUUUCAUGAAGAGGAUGACUCAGAUUCUCGGCCUACACCAAGCUCCGUUUGCUUGCGGGAUCCUUUAUAUCAUUUUGCAGCUACGGUGCCAGUUCCCCGACAUUAGAACGCUCUUCGAAGAACCGGAGGAGGAUGUCGGGAUUGAACAAGCUGCUCCACGACAUCCAAUUAUGCAUCGUCAGGCUGAAAGGAGCUCGCGCUCCUAUGACGGCCGAAAGCGAGACCCGGAACACAGCAAUUCACAAUACACUUGUCUCUGGGAGCUUAUUCCGUUCCUUGACCAUUUCCACCCAUCGGUUUCCUUCGCUGCAUCUAAUGUCCUCUCAAAUCAAGAGGCAAGCGCCACACCUGAUAUGGAAAGCCAUAGUCUCAUCCGGUUUUUGGAUAAGUUCGUGUACCGCAAUCCCAAGAACACGGAAUCUACGCGCGGGGUCUCGAUUAUGCAGCCUCUUUCCGGCUCUGGUGGUGUGAUCAAUAAAUUAUCUCAUGCCACUGGUACAACCGUGAACAAUCCCGCCUUCUGGGACAAAACGAUUGAUCGAGUCGCUGUCGAAGACAUUUUCUUCCAUCACUACUUCCAGCAAGUUGGCAAACGUACGCGGACCAGUUUCACAACCCAUAUCGAGUCACAAAGCGAAUCGGACAACGAUGAGGAGGUGUGGAAGGCGUUGGCCUCCUCUCAGCCUGACCACCGUAUGGAUGAAGUCGACGAUUCAGAUCUCGAUUUGGAUGUUUGGGACUACGACGAUGACAGCGAUGCAGAUCAAUCGCGGAACUCUCUCGGAGAAGGCACUGGGGUUCAGGACGUCAAUGAGAGCGAUGAUAGUGCAGAUGGAAAUGACUUCAAAGAGAUAAAUCGCACCUUCAGUAAGAGCCCGGAAGCCGAGACCAGAAGGGCUGCUGAAGAUACUGGAUCACUAUCUACGAGGAAGCUUAAGAGCCUACCAACGUUCGCCUCUAUCGACGACUACGCGGAAUUACUAGCUCUAGAGCCGGAGUCUUAGUAUUACCUAGGCCUUAAGGGGUAGGUUAUCUAAGCUGCUCUAGAAUAGAAAGCCUAUCCUAUCCUAUCUUAUUAACUUAGUUAGCUUUAUCCUUAGAAAUAUACUAUAUAUAUUAUUUAGUAUACUUUUAUAUAAAAUUUAC